CCGUCUCAAAAGGGAAAGAAAGGGUGCGCCUUCUUCGCCACCGCCGAUGGCGCAGUCGCUGGCGAUGACGGCGAUAUCCCGCCUCCGCGGUGCCGCCACCCACUCCUGCGGCGGGCACUGGCGCCGCCUCUUCUCCCGCUCCCCCGCCGCCUGCGCUCCUCUCCUCGGCCACUUUCACCACCCCACUCCGACGCCGCCCAGUCCCAAAACCCUAGCUCCGUUCCCCGGCGUGCCCCCUUCCGCCUCCGCCUCCGCCUCGGCCUCGGCCCCCGCGUUCCAACCCCUCACCUCCUCCUCCCCGCGCCUCUCCCUGGACUUCAUCCCUCCCGGCUUCUCCCUAUUCGACUCCCACCUCGGCCUCCUCGUCCUCCUCAAGGAGACCGAGCCAUACUCCUACCUCAAGCACCCCCAGAUCCUCGUCUGCGACCCGGUCUCCCGCCGCACCGCGCUUCUCCCUCCGGGGAUGGUCACCUGCACGUUUAGCAAGCUCGUAAGCGUCGUGAUCCUCUCCCGCGACGCGGACGGCCCGGCCGGGUCCGGGCUCUGCUUCCGGGCAGCCGUCGUCACCCUCGAGGACACCACGCUGCGCGCCUUCGUGGCGACGUUCCGCGACGGCAAGUGCCACUGGGAGUGUCUGCUUCGGUCACAGGCGAGAUGCAACGUCGACCAGCUGGAGCGCCACUGCGUGCGCGCUAGCCGGUACCUCAUCUGGCACAUCCGCGACGAAGGUGCUGUGCUCACAUUUGACCCUGAGACUCUGGAGUUCGGCUUCGUGCUCGCGCCGCCCGCACUCGACAUGGGGGAUCACUUUGUCAAGUACCGCGUCGGGGUGAUGCCGGACGGGCGGUUCUGCUUCGGUUCGAUGUCAAUGGAUCACGAGAACCUGGAGCUCCGGGUGCUGGGGCCCGAGCCCAAGGACGGCCAGAACGUGUGGGUGCUGGAGACUGGAGAGGGAGGUGUGCUUGCUCCAGGCGUUCGAUGAAAUGCCGCAGCUGCCCUCGAGUUUCAUCGCCCGGUGCAAGUGCACCUGGCUGAGCGACAUGGAUGCCGGGCGCACCGGGAGGGUGUUCAUCGGCACGUCGGGCUAUGGGCACUACUCGUACCAUCUGGACAGCCGGAAGCUCGAGCGUCUGGUGACGGACGACGGCGAGGAGUACGGGCACCCCAUGUUUGCCUACUUCUCCUUCCCGGGCUCCGAAGCCGGCUCUGACUGACAGACUCCUGGGUGAAGUGAGAAGAGGUACCACGCGAUUUUGCCUGAAGAUGGCUCAACCGUUGCAUUUCUGGUUACGUCCGUGCCGUAUUACUCAGCAUUGAAGAUUGAACACAAAGAGGAUAAUGCUCUGAAUCUCUGAUUUCAUGUCCUUGAUGGGACUAUUUAAACAAUGUUGUUGCGAUGUUUGCUAAGCAUGCUUCGGAGUAGACAGUGUCCUGAAGAAUUAGGUGAUGUUUUGAAGUAGUGUGCUGUUUCGCAAGGAUAGUUUCACAUUAUGCUGAGUUUUGUCAAACCAUAAGAAAUGCAGAGUUUAUCACUUACUGGUCAA